UGGAAGUGGGGCACGUGCCAACUUGCACACCUCGAAGCGCCGCGUGGUGGGGGCACGAGACCGGGGAGUAGGGGAAAUGUGCAUCUUAGAGCGCGGCGAACAGAAUUUGAGGUAGUCUGCGAGCAAGCGAGCAAGUAUGCGCUUGCGUGGCCCUCGGAGAGUUUUCUUCUCUUUUUGAUUUCCAUCUUUUUUUUCUCCCCUUGCCUGUUUUUAUUCCUAUUUUUCUUUCCUCUCCGUGUCUUUUGCCUACACCUUCUUUCUUCAAAACCGAGAUCCAAUCUCCGAGGGCCUACAACCGUCUAUCCUGCCUCCUCCCUACCGAUUCGACACGUUCAAUUGAAAUCACCGAGAGCAAUCGUCCAGCCGAAUUUCCAACUGAUAAUGCCGAACUGUCCAGAUUGGAUUGGAAACACGUACGGACCGAGAUUCUCAAGUGACACCGAGACGAAAUUCAUCGAACCAAUGAAAUGUCCAACGAGUAACCUAAUAACUUCACACACAAUCUAUCGCAAUUCCAUCACAAGGAUCUAAAGUUGUAUGUCGACUUAAUCACCGAUAAAAUAAAGUUGGAAUAUUGUUUUUGACGGAUUGUUGACGAAUGUCGAAAUCGGGAAAGGGAAAGGAUUUGUGUAAAUAUACUUGUACAUACUGAAAGAAUAUUAAACCUGUACAGAGAAAGAGAGAGACAGAAAGAGAUAGAGAAAGAGAGAGAGAGAAAGAGAGGCAACACAGAAGUAUAGAGAGAAACAAAGUGAGAACGAGCGCAAAGGGAGAGGGGUGACGUGCAAGAGAGAGAGAGAAAAUCCGGUUGCCUGGCGACGAGCCAUCUAGUUCGAUCCCAGCCAGCCGACCAGCCACCCUCUGGGCGCAGGAGCAACGAGAGAAGGCGACUACCUUUUGCCUUCGUUUCCUUUUUCUUGUCAUUCUUCACUUUUCUGAACCGCGCCGCGCCUUUGUUUCGCCGGCCUCAGCCUGCUGGUCAAUCUCCGCUGCCCACCCCGUUCGAUUCUUACUCGCGUUAAACGUCGCAGAAUAAUACACGCAUCGGUAUAUACGAACGAUGUUGGCGAUGGGUUUCAGUUAGACCGGGAAGAGAGAAGUGCCACACGUUUCAAGGCCGGAACGGUCGGUCGGUUGGUCGGUCGAGUGCGUUGUGUUGCGUGCAAGAGCGCGUGUGCCGAACGGUGGAAAUAUCGCAUUGAACGCAUAAUGUUUCGUUUCGUUGCGAGAGAGACGAGAGUGUUUGGAGUAGCAGACUGUCACGAGGAAAGUCAGCUUUCGAUGGGAAAAAACUAAGAAACGAAAGAGGAGUGAAGUGGUCCAUUGGUAGGAGGCAAAGCAAACGAAAAAAAUUAGAGAGAGAGAAAUAGAGACACAGUGCGUGUAUGUGGAUGUGUAUAUGCACACACAUGUUCGAAGAGAGAGAAAAGAGUAGUUGAGCGACAAGAAUAUUUGGAAACGAUGUGAAGCUGACGAUGAUUUCUCACUAUUUCUUAAGGAAUGAGGAUCAGUCCAAUCGUUGAUUUUGUCUUUCAACCAGAGGCAACGAAUACAGAAUAAACGAGAAAGAAUCUUCUCGUGAGAUGCAAAGGCAUACAUGUUCAUCGAGCUUUUCCAUGCCGAUCACGCAAAUCGUGAAUCGAAACGAUUCUGCGAUUGAUGAAAAGGAACUAGAAUGUUCCGGUAAUGGUGGUGUAUCAUCGGGGAGUCAUUCUGGAAGAAAGCUUGGAAAUCUCAUCGGAAGAGGCAUAAUCGUCGACGAUUCAUCUCUACGCGGUUGAUCGGGUGAAGUUUCGCUUUGAAUACUCGCCGUAACGAUAACGUUAAUCGGUAAUCAACGAGGAAGUCGAUCUCUCGCGGCAAUUGGUGCGGUCUAGGGAUAUUUUUAAAAAGGAAUAGAGGGAGAAGGUGGCCCAUUGAAAGAUCUUGCCAACUAUAACGGAUCUCGCGUCUUCCUCUACCCUGUCGGUUCCUCGUCUUUCCUUCUCAUCGUUGUGUACUCUCCCUCUAUCCGUCUUUCUCUCUCUUUCACCCCUAUCCUCCCUCUCUCUAUUUCUCUCUUGCUCGUUCAUUCGUUACAGCCGAUCAACACGAAUCGAGACCUACGCAUAGUCCAGCAACAUGUUCCAGUGCAUUAUUCAGCAGAAGAACGGAUGGAUUCAUCCUUAUAAUCCCGAUACUAAGGACGUUCUUCCAGAUGCGAGCUCGCUGUUGUUCGAGAUCGAAGAACGUCAAAAAUCCCGGCGUGUGUGUGCCCAAUUUGACCAGUGGCGUUCAAGAAACUGACGAUUGUCGAAAGUCACGCGAUUUUGUCGAUGUUCUUGUAAUUUUUGUGACUACGAUAAUUAAUUCGAGGAAAUAAUAUCGGCGAGUAUAUCCGUGACUAUUCGUUGUGAUGUAAUUAAUACGAAGAAGGGAAAGGAGAAAAAGAAUUCCCUCGAGUUUGUAAAUUGAAGAAAGAAAAGAAAAAUCGUGACUUUUCGUUGUUUGUUAAAAAUUCGAGAAGAAUACCGCGUGUAUGAAUUGUCGCGUGUGCUGUUCCGUGUAAUAUUGGCACGUGAUAAAGGGAUAAAUAGACAAGUAUAUACGGAAGGUGAUUUGUGUGAAUACACGAGGGAUAAAUCGUCGGCGGACGGACCGAAGGGAGAGAUCAGAGAGUGUGGACAAACGGAAAAGGAUAACGGAGAAAAAUGUUCAAGCUGGCUGGACGGCAAGAAUGGGAGGCCUUGACGAAAGAUAUACGGCUGCAGCUGAACGAGCAGCUGAGAUGCCUCGACAUCCGGAUGGAGGCGCAAGUCGCCAUCGUGGCGGAGCUUCAGGAUUUUUUUCGAAGGAGAGCCGAGCUCGAGCUCGAUUACAGCAAAUCUCUCGACAAGUUGGCCAGAAGCAUACAGCUCAGACACAAGGAGCAAAAACAAAAACGAGAGCAUUGGCCCCUAUUCUCAAGUUACGCUUGCUGGCAGCAACUUAUCAACGAGACCAAGUCCUUAAGCAGAGAUCACGCGGCGCUUUCGGAAGUGUACAGCACGCAUCUCGUCGGUCGUCUCAAUCAGGUGAUGGAGGAUGUACAACGGAUAUACAAGCGUUGCCGUGAAAUAGGCUACGAGACGCACGAGGAGAUCCUUCGAGUACUGGACGAGCUGCACACCACGAUGAAAACGUACCAGACGUACCAGACAGGGUCACGGCAAGCGGAAACGAAGCUUCGUGUCGCGGAACAACAGCGCAGCAAGCUCGAGGUGGCGAACGCCCCGCCCGAGAAGCUCGCGCGCAGCAAGAAAUACAAGCUCAUGGAAAAGGAAGUGAACAAGAGGAAGGCCAAGUAUCAAGAGGCAAAAUUGAAGGCAUUGAAAGCAAGAAACGAAUACAUUUUGUGUCUUGAGGCAUCUAAUACGACAAUACACAAGUACUUCGUGGAUGACCUUUCGGAUCUCAUCGAUUGUAUGGAUUUUGGAUUUCAUAACUGCAUCGCCAGAGCAUUGCUGAUGCACUGUAGCGCGGAAGAAGGUAGGCAGCGUUCACUGCAAUCUGGUGCUGAACAAUUAGCUGCGUGUGUUGGUGCUCUAGACUCGAGGGCAGACAAACAGAGGUUUCUGGAAUCUCAUCAUUCUGCUUUUAUGAUUCCUAAGAAGUUCGAAUUCCAAGGACAACGAGGGGACGAAGUACUUGAAACUCCCGAACCGGAACUGCAAAAAUUAUUACACGCUGAGAUGGAGCAAAGAUUGGCUCAACUGCAACAAAGAUUGACAUCUCUGAGAACGGAAUCCGAAGAAGUUUGGAAAACCUUGGAAACAGCGGAAGCUAGCCUAUUGGAGAUGUUAACCGCGAAAGACUACGAUUGUUCCAGAUAUUUUGGAGAGAAUGCUGUUCCGACCUCAAGACCACCAGAAACCGUGCAAAUCAAGCUUAGAGCAGACAGACAGGAAACUGAAGAAUUCUACCUCACGAAAUUCAGGGAAUACCUUCUUGGAACUUCAAGAAUAGCUAGGUUAGACGCAAAGCAAGAAUAUAUUCGACAGAGCUUGUUGGAUGGCUCUACCGCCAGCCCGAAUCCAUCAAUAUCAACAACGAAGCAAAAGCAAGCUCGAAGGAAACGAAUCGGUAGACUACAGAUAAACGGCCAGCCAAAGUUAUUCGGUGGUUCGUUGGAAGAAUAUUUGGAAAGUACCAAUCAAGAGAUACCUUUAAUCAUGAAAAGUUGCAUCAGAGUGAUCAAUCUAUACGGUCUUCAUCAUCAAGGUAUCUUCCGAGUCUCGGGCUCCCAGGUAGAAAUUAACAAUUUCCGGGAGUGGUUCGAAAGGGGAGAAGAUCCACUGGCUGACGUUACUGACGCGUCGGAUAUUAACAGUGUAGCUGGUGUGUUGAAACUUUAUUUGAGAGAAUUGAGGGAACCACUGUUUCCUAUCAUUUACUUCGAACAUCUGAUGGAAUUAGCACAACUAGAAUCAAAGCAAGAGUUUGUUAACAAGAUGAAGGAACUGAUUUCCAGUCUUCCAAGACCAGUUGUUAUAGUAAUGCGAUACUUGUUCGCUUUUCUUAAUCAUCUUUCAGAAUUUUCGGAUGAAAACAUGAUGGAUCCCUACAACUUGGCAAUUUGCUUUGGCCCCACCUUGGUACCUGUUCCAGAAGACAAGGACCAGGUACAAUACCAGAACCAAGUGAACGAACUCAUCAAGAAUAUUAUCACUUUCUGUGAAGAAAUAUUCCCAGAAGAUAUUGGAGGUACUCAAUAUGAAAAAUACAUCAGUAGAGAACCUGAUGACGUAGACGUAGGAGAUUCACCGACAGAGCAGGUCCAGGAAGACAUGGACUCAGAAGUGUAUCCAUCUGAGGAUGAAUCGGAAAACCUUGAGGCCACAGCACAAUUCGAUUUCAAUGCAAGGUCCGAAAGAGAGUUAAGCUUCAAAAAGGGAGAUACCUUGACUCUAUACACACAAGUCAGUAAUGACUGGUGGCGAGGUGCCUUGGCCGGUAGAGAGGGGCUUAUUCCCGAUAAAUAUAUUAUGAUCAAGAUAAAGGACGAAGAACGUGAAAAAGAACUCCUGAAGUCGUCGAGUGAAGAAUCAAUGCGAAGAAGGACCUCGAGCUCUGCCGACAGUGUUCUUUCGAGUAACAAUUCACCACUAAUGGGACCGUCUGGAAAUUCAACAACUUGGCCCUCUAAUUCCGCGACCGAUGUGCAGUCAGCCACAAAUAUAAUCGCAACAGACAAUAGCAGUAACAGUGGUGUUAUCCCAGCGGUCGUGACAAAUGCCCCUUGCAUCUCGUCAGCACAACCGAUCAUCAGUCGAGAGCAAUGUGCACCUCGUGUGGCAAAGGUGUCAACACCAGAAAAAGAGAAGCAUGCCUUCGUUUCUGAUCAUCGUGCAGACACAACACCAGUCAUUAUCAGUAAUAACGCCGAAGGUGAGAAGAUAUCGGACUUCAGUGACUCGUUACAACAACAACGCAACGAAGACGCUGGUGAAGAAGCAGAACGCAUCUCUUUGAUAAAUUUGGAUGGCGGAUCAAAGCGUGGAACAAGCAGGAAGCAACACUGGAAAUCCCAAAGUGUGGGUGAUACUGUGCAGCAGACAGCGAAUUCUCUCCAAACAAGCACCGUUUCUCAAGAAGAGGAAUCUCAGGAACAGCCGACGUUUUCAGCGAAUCGAGAACUUUGGCAGAGACGAGCGACGUCGCAAACGCAAUUGAAUCCACCCGCGCCUCCUAACCAUAAUAAGAUUUUUCGUACCUCCCAGGAGUUCCGCGAGAUGCGUCAGAAACACACACCGGAUUUGGUAAUGGAUCUGCCUUUGUCGGCACAGGAUGCAAGUAAGAAGUCUGCUUCGUCGAGCAGUCUGAGCAGCUCUGAUGAAGAGACUCCCACUCAGCCAACUCGUGCUGAGGCAGCUACGUCGCCAACAGGUGGUCCCGAGUCCCCCGACAUGAGUACCGCUGCAGAACGAUUUGCUAAACAAAACCAAUGCACUCUGAAGAAAAAUACCAAGUCGAAUUCCGACGCGUCGAAGUUGAAACGUAUGGAAACCGAGCAUGACCCCGAACAAGAGUCGGAAGAGAUUGUCAGGUCGACGAGUUCUAAUCAGAUAUCGGACUCAGUGCCUCUGAGAUCACCUCUUCCACCGCGUUCGACGCCCAAAAUAAUAGCGAAAUUUGCAGACAUGCAUCUGACAGGCGGCAGCCAGGUGUCCUCGUUCAAACCACAGAUAAAAGUGAAGCCGACGAUUCUUAAAAAACCGGUGUUGCCAUUCCCACAUCCGCACAUGAGCCCCGAGCUCGCGAGGAAAAUCGAGAAGCAAGCGCAGAGCGCCGAACAAACCAAUUAAUUGCUACCCAGGGUAUUACAGAGAAAUUUUUAGCAGCGAGAGAAUAUUUAUUUUCAGCAAUUCACGCGUGUUUGGACACAAGGUUUUCAGACGCGUACAUUUGCCACUGACUUUUCCAUUGACCAGUUACUCCGCCCAAAUCGCAAGGAUAUGAAGUGUGUUAGUUAUUAUACCCAAAAGAAAAAGAAAAAAGGAAAGCCGGACAGUAUCGUUCCUUAAUAUGAAACGGAACACGAGAAUUUAGUUUGAACCAGUGAACGUUGCGUAUUGGAAGGUCUGAUGCUGUCCUCGGGCCGAGUUUAUUUUUUCUACUACUAUUUUCCAUUUUCGCAUAAUUUUUUUACCAAAUGACCCGCGAAACGAUGUUUCUAGUCAUCGAACGACGAUUGAGAAACGAUGCGAGAAAUGUAUGAGCGAGAAAAUACAUCGAAAAAGAA